AUGGCGGGCACAUGUUCUCAUGCAACACAGAGAUGAAGUGUUUUAUCGUAGCUCACUGUUUGAAGAUUAACUGUUAGUCUGGCCUCAACGAGACUGAAAGAAGAAAUUAUAGAAGCUAUACACUAUAAUUAAUCCCCCAAGGGAUGGCUUCUUUCAUGACUUCGGGGGUGAUGCCUCCGCCAAGUCACCAAGAUGUGAUGGACAGUGCUGGGAGACUCCUUGACAAGCAUAUGCAAGAUGACAGAAGCUAUCUAGACCUUUCAGAUCAACUCAAAGUUCCUGUUCAUAACCAGCCUUGUAUCAGUGGUCUAAAUGAGUUGGACUACCCCAGUCUGCCUGAAGCCAGAGUUGGACUGGAAUGUCUGCCAGAGAUCAGCAAUGUCAAGCUGGUUCCUCUCCCUCCGGAACUCAUGGAACAGUUUGGACGUAUGCAAUGUAACUGUAUGAUGGGUCUAUUUCCUGAUGUGGAGCGGGCCUGGCUGGCUAUUGAUAGUGAUAUCUUUGUCUGGAGAUAUGAAGACGGAAGUGACCUGGCUUAUUUUGAUGGGCUGAGUGAAACCAUCCUGAGUGUAGCUUUAGUUAAACCCAAAGUUGGAAUUUUCCAACCUCACAUUCAGUAUCUUCUGUGCCUGGCCACUCAUGUGGACAUUGUCCUGCUUGGUGUCAGUUUCUCACAGCCCAGGGAUGGUGUAUCAGCAGAACUGGGGAAUGGCGAGAUGCACCUCCUACCAGAGCCACUGUUCUCUAUUCCCACAGACAACACGUACAUAAUGAACAUAAUCGGCUCAGACAAUGGUCGAAUAUUUAUGGCUGGCAAGGAUGGUUGUCUGUAUGAGUUGGCUUAUCAGGCAGACGAUGGAUGGUUCAGUCGGAAGUGUCGAAAGAUAAACCACUCCACCAGCACACUGUCUUUUCUCAUACCAUCCUUUCUCAACUUCUCCUUUAGUGAAGAUGAUCCAUUGGUGCAGCUUAGUCUGGACCAAUCUCGACACAUUCUGUAUGCUCGGUCAGAGAAAGGAACUAUUCAGGUGUUUGAUCUAGGCCAGGAUGGUAACAGUAUGGGGAAGGUAGCCGCUGUUCCUCUGCAGACCAUAGUACACAAUGCAUGGCAUAUAGCAAGGACGAUUGAAAGGUCCAACUUCAAACCUCUGGUUCACAUAAGUGCAAUAACACGACAAGAAUCUGCGAACAUACACUUGGUGGCCGUCACUCAGUCAGGAGUACGGCUGUAUUUUUCUACCAACAACUUCGGGAAUAACAAAGGACGUCCAUGCAUGCUGACACUAGUCCAUGUACGUUUACCACCAGGGUUUUCGGCAACAGCAGGCAUUCAGAAACCCAGCAACAUCCAUACAGCCUACCAUAAAAAUGGCACAUUGUUGCUGGUGUCGUCUCAGUCUGAGGAGAGUGAUGCCAUGUGGACCAUCAGUGGUGAUUCCUUCCCCUUUCAGAGCCAGCUCAUGGAAGCACAGACAACCAUUCCUAUUAAUGGUAGGACAUGGGCUGUGUGCGAGAUUCCAGCGCCUGCAUUAGAACCUGGUAUAUUCAGACAAGCUAAGCCUGGUAUAAACCUGAAAGCAGAUCCACCUGCUGUAGUUACACAGCACACAGAGCUACCCAGGAGGUUUGUCCUCCUUACAGCACAGGGGAGCCACAUCCUCAGUAAGUUACGACCAGUUGAUCAGCUGAGACAGCUUUUGAUAGACUGCCAGGGACCUGAUGCUGAGGAAGUGAAGGGAUUCUUUAGGCUCCACAGGAUUGAACAAGCUUGUGCCACUUGUCUGAUUCUGGCCUGUUCCCGCCUUGCAGCUGACCAACCGAUUGCUAACUGGGCCACCAUGGCCUUCUUUAUGUAUGGUGGAGAGGCUCAAUAUAACUAUGGAGGAAGUGGAAUGGGGAUGGAUCGCUCCCUAAUGGCCAGCAAUAUUGGACCCUCGGGUCUGCAUCCUACUGUGACCUCUACACCAGCACCAGGGAUGGGCCACGGAUACUUCCACCCUUCACUCACCCAGGGGCCAACCAUUGGCCAAGAUGUCCUCUUUUCUGGCAAACACAAUGGCAUCUGCCUCUAUCUGUCAAGGAUUUUGAGGUGUAUAUGGGAAACUGCUGUGGCCUCAGACUUUCCAUACAGUACUCCUCAAGGGAUGCUCAACUAUCUUACAUGUUCCUUCACCACUGACGAGUUAACACAAAUCCUGGAGAACAUCCGUGGACUUUCUGAUUUUGUAGAUUUCAAUUCCAGAUAUGAGACUGGGCCAUCAGAAAGCAACGUGCCUCCAAUGCCCUUUUCCUCACACCUGAUGGGGCCUGUCGAUGAUCAGCUGAGGAAAACUCUUCAAGGAGAGGCCCAGAAGAUGGAGAAAAUUUCCCUGCAACACAUUCAAGAUCUUAUCCAUCGUAUUGAGGAGGUAUUAGGUCUCCUGAAGAUUCUUGUUGACCACCAGUUUCACAUAGUCGCCAGUCAGUUAUCAAAGGACCAGCAGAAUCAAUUGCGAACAAUGAUGUUCAAACAUCUUGUAAUCAGUGGCAAAGAUAUCUGCAGCUCUUUGAUAACUUGCCUCAUCAAUCGUUACCUUGAUGACAAUGCAACAAUAGAUGCUAUCAACAACAAACUACGAGAAAUUUGUCCAUCUUUGUACAGCAGUGAUGAUGCAACUUGUUCAAAGGCUAGUGAAUUGUUGCAAGCCGCCCGAGUGAAUCAGAAUCAAGCUGAAAGGAAACGACAGCUUGGAGAAGCACUGAAGCUAUAUAAGGAAGUGUCACAACCCCUCCAGCUGACUGUUGUAUGUAGCCAGUUUGCCAAUGUUCAUUACUAUGAUGGAAUUGUCGACCUCUGUCUGACCCUUGCACAUAAACGAGAUCCCCAGCAUCUGGCCCUUCAUUUCUACAGGAGUGGUGAGCCCCCAGAGGAUCUACAGGGCAUGUCAGCUUACAUGUCUAGGAUGGAGUGUUAUAACUGUAUCACCGGGACACUGGGUUUCCUAUCCACGACAAGCACCUCCUUCCCACAGGCACCAAAGGUUCCUGGGCCACCACCCACCCCUGAUCCCAGUAGACUCUCCCCCCAGGAGGCUGAUCAGUUUAAAUCUGACAUAUUCCGGCUGGCCCUGAAGAGUGAUGAUGAACUGUUCCAUGUAGCUCUGUAUGAUUGGUUGUACAGCAUGAACCAGACAGAAAAACUGCUGGAGAUUCAGUCACCAUUUAUGGAACCUUACCUGAAAAGGAAGACCGGUUACCAGUCAGAAGCUGUAGGAGCAUUAGACAUGUUGUGGAAAUACUAUGAAAAAAGUCGUAACUUCCCUGCAGCUGCCAAAAUACUGUCUAGAUUAGCAGAAAGACAUGGAACGGAUGUAAGACUCCAACAAAGGAUAGAGUAUCUGUCCAGAGCGAUCAUGUGUGCCAAAAGUUCAACAUCUCGCACCAGCUCUGCUGCUGAGGGUGAAUUCCUGCAUGAACUUGAGGAGAAGAUGGAGGUUGGCAGACUUCAGCUUCAGGUUCAGAAUGCCUUGAGUAAAAGAAGGGAUCGUAACCAUCAGAGUAUCACUGAAGCCUUGGGUCGACUAGAUUCCGAUCUCCUAGAUCUAACACUGUUAUACGAGGAGUUUGCAGACAAAUAUGACCUGUCCGAGUGUAAAUUAGCCAUUAUUCACUGUGCUGGGUUGUUUGAUGCAGCUUUAGUAGAAAAUCUCUGGCAGAGCAUCAUUGAUAAGGAAGUGGAAGCUACCAUGGGUAUGGCCACUCCGAUGAGAAUCACAAAUAUCAGGAACAAGAUGGAACCUAUUGGAAAGCAGUAUAUAAAGACGGAACGAUACUUCCCCUUAGCAUUCCUGGUGAAGUAUAUAGAACAGCGGAGUUGUGAGUUAGACUUCACAUCAUCCUGGGUGUAUGAGAUGAUCCUUGAGAUUGGCGUGCCUCCACCAAAACUGUUAGAAAUUUAUGACAGAAUGUUCAAGUCUCGGGAUCCUUAUUGGCAGACAAUUCAACGACCAUUACAUUUACUAGAUGUUCUGUCAAAUCUUCUGGCACACCUCACAGCCAACCCAUCACUUAUACCUGUGUAUGAAAGGAGACCCUUCUCAACAUUGUGUCUGGACUUUGUGGCGACUUACCUCGUGGAGCUACAGACAAUGAGGAUGACCGACCACCAUCGCCGACUUGUUGGACAGUUUAAACGCCUACAGGCUGAACUUGAGAGGCUGUGAUGAAGGGUGCAAGAAUAAAACAUACUACGUGAGCAGGCACCGAAGAGUGCUUGUAUCUUUGAACUAAAAUGGAAGUAUUUAUUACAAUGGAAGAAAAGCACCAAUACACAAAUAUAAUCCCAAUAUUUGACUACGUGUCUGAAGUUAGAGAAUGGACUGUAUCAGGGAACAUGGAUUUGUUAGUGUUACAAAAAGUGAAGUUAUGUAAAGGAUGGUGUGUAUAAAGGACAUUUUGUAAGAAAGGAAUGUCAUUGGACUUUGCUGUAAUGUAUUGAUGCAAUUUUUGAGCAACUGAUAUCUGAAAUAUUCUCUAGUUAACAUCAAGUGUGUUGGACAUUAUUUGACCAUUUGGCUGUAUUGUAAGAACAGUGAGUGAGAUGAUAGAGUGAGAUGUAAUAUUGUGACAUUGUUUGUAGAGAUUAUUUUGGUAGGUUAAAUGUUUAGGCAUUAACUUGAUUUGAAAUCUAUAUAUUUUUAUAGAGGUUAAAAUAAGGAUAAAUUUUGUAAUGUCUACAAUCAUGCAAGUAAUUUUGAAUGUUAGUGUAUAUAUAUGUAUGAAAUCUUGGGUGAAAAAUAAGUAUGAAGAAUCAGUGUGUUACAUGCAAUUUAUAUAUCUGUUACAAUUGGAAUUAGCAAAUGAAAUCAUGAACUGAAUGUUUAUGGUAAGCAUAUGAACGAAAUAAUGUCCUCUUAUCUUGUGAUAUAAGGUUUUUUCUGUAUUGUGAAAUGUUUUUUUCAUUUUGUGAAUAAAUGAAAUUUCACAAAAUUUA